AUGGCUAGCGUCAACGGCCAUUUCUCUUCUGCUGACGACAUGAAAUCUCACCUUCUGAGUCUUCUUGAUAGCAAGGAACAACAGCUACGGCAAGCCGCGACCUUUAGCCAGCGGGUUCUCGCCCAACGAAUGGAACUUGAGGAUCGUAUCCGGCAGCUUCAGGAGGUCGAAGCUGACAAGACAGACGAUGAAGACGUUGAACCUGAGGCGGUACAGAAAUACCAGGAGCUUACUGACAUGAUGAUGAGCUGGGAUACGGAGAAUGCAUUACUUUCAAGUGCAUUCAACAGUUCAGUAUGUCCCCCAUCAUGUUACUUUCAUUUUGCUCUAAGAGCUUCUGAUAGAUAG